AUGACCACCAUCGCUGCGCCGAUUCAUGGCCCAGCGUCUAUGCUUACAGAGAAGCAGCUGGCUGCCCUUGUCAAUAUUGAGGGAGAUGUGCAGCUCAAGGCGGCACAGCUCGGUAUGCUGUGUUGUGAGUACCGGAUGAAUUUGACACGUGUUUUGCUUUACUACGAGCCACUUAUUGCACCUCUGCGGACUAUAAUUUUUGCCGGCGCAGAGAAGCGAAAGUACAUUGAAACGCAGCUUAUCUGGCUGGAGCGCAUUAUUGUGCUCCAAGAGCGUCGUGGCGGUACUCAGACGCUUCCUGUGCGGGAGCUGCAGGCUGUUGAGAACGAUCUUAUGAUACCCGUACAUAAGGCGAUGCAGGAGAGUUAUCAGAAACUGGACCUUGUAACUAAAGAGGAGCUUGCGGUGCUGCGCAACUACGAAUGCCCACCGGAGCAGGCCCUGGUGACGAUGUCAAUGGCUCUGCGAGUGCGCGGGGAUGAAGACGUGCGGUGGUCUACGGUGCAAGUGGUUCUUAGCGACAGUUACUUUUUUACUUUUUUUAUCAGCCGUGCGCAGACGCUGCUGAAGCAGCCUCUUGCUGAAGAUGUACAGGAUGAGUUGGAGGUUUACUGUUCCUCACCCGAUCACACCCCGGAGGCUCUCGCUCUAAUUUCCGUGCCGCUUGCCGCCAUUGGACAAUGGCUGUGGGCAUUGCGGGAGUACUACCGCGUGAAGAAGAUUGCAAAGUUGCCUGACCCGCCCAUUUCGUUGGAGGAGAGGCGGCAGACAGUAACACGCCUGCGGUACGAGUUGCAGUCCAUCAAGGACAGCAUGAGCUCUGCGGUGGAGGAGAUGCAGAAACUGCAAGAGGAGAUCAUACGCAGAACAGUAAAGGUGCGUGAUGAGUACGACGACACCAUGUGCCCGCUGCAUGACUCGCUAGUAAAAAAGACUGAAGAGUUUGUACAUACACUCGAAGGAAAGGAGCCGACUGCCGAGGAGCAAGUGGAAACGCCACACCAAGAAGAAACCGUGACUGUGACGUAA